AUGGUCUCAGUCCUUCUGGUUGGACUGGGCCUCUUCUUUUCCGUUCCACACCCGGUGGCAGCCUACGCCAAUGGCUCUACUCCGGAUUACAGUUCAAACCGCCUGCAAGCGGUGCGCGCCACCAAACUAGAUGCCAGCCUGGUUGGUUUGACCAUGGCUCGCCUCAGCCGGAUGACACUCGCAGGGGAGCAAGAAAACUUUGUUGUGACCUUUGGUGGUCAUACCAACAUUCAGUCAAGCGAUUUCGCCGGAUCCACCACACUCUUGGGUAUUAGUGCGACAAACCACGAGGUCAAGCCGUACGAUUGUACCUUGACCGGUGAAGGUCCCGUCGCGCGAGCCACCGCCGGCUACGUUGUUCGUAACAACAGUCUCUACAUUGUUGGUGGCUACUCAGCCGCCUCUACCGCCCUCUCUGAUGCCUGGCGCUUAACCCUCGUCGGGUCUGACAUCAACGGCUGGCCGUUGUGCCAGUGGGACCGCUUUACUGUCACCGGCACCCUUGAUGAGCUAGCCCGCACUACCAUGCUCGUCGUUGAUGAGACGCACGCCCUUUUGUUCGGCGGCUGCAUUGGUCGCCCUGACCCUGAAACAGCAAAGUGCAACGAGCUCAAUGCAAAUGGCUACCUCGCCACCUACGAUGAUGCAGCCCGUACCGUCCAUUGGCAGCGACUCAAACAAGCUCCCAACAGCGCCGUCGUCAACCGCUACAACAUUGCCUCUCUCUACUCAUACGAUGACGACCUCGCACUAGACUUUGUUGCACCCCGUCUCGUCUGUGGUGGAUUUGACCAAGAUACGACAAAUUCAUUCGACACAGGUUACACUGGUCAUUAUGCAGCGGAAUGCUAUCUGUGGAGUGUCAACUUGACUGCUUCGCCGCCAACCCUGUUCUGGGAGCUCUCUACCUAUCGCUUGCCCAUCCUCUAUUCUCGAGCCCACAUCUUCCUUGUCAGUUCCGGGAUGGAGUACUCAGUUAUGGCCAUUGGCACCCCCCUGGCCGCCACAACUGUGCUCAAAACAUACCGUCUCCUGACCAACGGAUCGGCUGUGAUUUUUGCCGACAAUGACGUCAGCGUCCGCAACCAGCCGUUUCUUGAAGGAUAUGGUGUCAUGCCUCGCGAUUUUGCUUCGACCAACGUGCCGAGUAUCGGCAAAACGGUGGUUGCGGGCCCCCUGGCAUCUCUUGUUGAUGGCUCGGCUCAGCCUUAUUGGUUCAUGCAUUUGGAUGCUGAAAUGAACACAUGUGAAUGGGACGUAUCCUCUCUCGUAUACAGCCCAGCGGCGGGAAUCCUCAGUGGCAUGGCACGUCUAUCGGACGAUCGCGUCCUCAAAGCUGGCCAUGUUUCGGCGGGAGUCUUCGCCGACUCUUGGAUCCUAUCCACUGCCGACAUCCAAGAUUCCUCUGUCGCGUGGCGCAGCGUUUCAUUCGAUCCCGAAGCUGAUUAUGUCGACUUUUAUCCCUUCAAUUUUAAUGGCACAUCCGCUCGAACUCUGUCCAUCGAGAUUUGCGGGGAUGUGAUUCCAUUUGACCCUACACAAGGUUGCUGCGGUGCUGCCGUCGACAUCCCCAAGGAGCACAUUGCUGGCCUGCGCACAGAUGCCAACGAGCCCACGGGCAACGUGAUCGCGGCAUGGGGCGGCCUGUACAGCAUUCCUACAGAUUGGCUCUGGCGACCCCUUCCAACACUAAAUAUCGUCCAUCUCACAGCUUCGCGCGUAUACAGUUACGUUUACAAUAUGCAGCCCAUCGCCAAACCUUCACGCAGCGGGUCCUUAACCUACGCCCCAACAUCCCGUGUGGCAUUGGCAUAUGGUGGCUACGAUUGCAAUCUCGACGUGACCGGUCAAUUGCUGCUCUUCAGCUUGGUCAAGGGCCAUGCUGCAGCCGUGCUGUUGCGUAGCAAUGGCGAUGAGGAAAUGAUCGUGGCUGGUCGGCCCGGAUCGAACGAAGAGGAUACAUUAAAGUUUUGCUAUACUUGCAUUUACAUCUUCUCGUUAAAGACGCGAGCAUGGCGACGCCAAGAGCUAGCAUCGCCGUAUCAAGGCCUGGGCCAGCUUCGCUUUAUGACGGGCAUUGCACUUACACACAGCAUGCCGUCGCGGCGACGGGAUGCCUUCAAAUGGCUGCUUCUGGGUGGCCUGAGCCCGUCGGGCAAUGCGAAUUCUAACCUGUUUAUUUACGACCACGUGACGAACAACCUUGAGUAUGUGUACAAUGACAACAACGAUCGCGUCACUUUGGACCAGCCCCGUUAUGGCAUGUCGGGCGUUUAUGCCGCUGGCAAGGUGAUGAUGUGGGGUGGAGCCACGGCAGACGGUUCUUUUCUUGGUGAUUUUUCUAUAUUGAACCUCUCUUGCAACCCGGGCAAGAAGCUGAAUCGCACUGACGCGGACGCACGGACCUUUGCCGAUGCUCCAUGCAUCGACUGCCUGGCCGGAACCUACUGGCUGGCCGGUGACUGCAGCAACUGUCCAGAGGGAUUGACGUCCAAUGCAGGGGCUAGCCAUAUUUCUGACUGCAAUAUUUGCAACAAAAACUACUGCCGCAAUGGGGCCAGUUGCCACGUGGAAUCCAUCGCUGGCAGCGAGAGCUUGCAUCUUCCGCGAUGCAAGUGCUCGGUGCUGCACUCGGGCGUGCGCUGCGAGACUUCAUUAGUGGCACUGGUAGUGAUCACUACCUUCUUGAGUCUGGCCGCUCUGGCUGUCAUUGCACUUUAUUACCUCCACCGCCACUUCAAGCGCACCACGCACUACGAGCGUUUGGAGUUGGAGGAGCGUCACGAACAACAGGUGAACGAAAUGCAGUUUGAGUUUGAUGAACUUGCUGCUGUUUGGGAUAUCCCAUCGUCAGACUUGGAAAUCUUUGAGGACAUUGGGGAGGGCAGCCUUGGUGCUGUCAAGCGUGGGCGUUGGAAGAGCCAGGAUCGACAAGUGGCCUUAAAAAUGUGGAAUGCCAAGUCUCUUUUCAUGGCAGGGCACGAGGAGUUGCGGCAGGAAAUUACCACUUUGCGCACUUUGCGUCAUGAGAACAUUGUUGAGUUUCUCGGGGCGUGCUUCGAAGAGCCCGUCUUUUUGGUGAUGGAGUAUGUGGAGCGGGGUUCGCUCCGCAGCAUCUUGGACAAGCCCGAGGUGGAGCUCUCCGCACACGUGCGCGAAGGCUUCAUUUCUGAUGCCAUUCGGGGGCUCAACUAUUUGCAUCGCAAGCAACGCAUCCAUCGCGAUGUCAAGGCUGAUAAUUGUUUGAUCACAUUUAAAUGGACCCUCAAAAUCACCGAUUUCGACAAAGCAAAACGAGUGCGGGAAGAUCAAAUGCUAUCCGUGUCUGAAGAAGACCCCGAUUACACGGAUGUGGACCCAAAUGCGACCAUCAAAUCCAAUGAUGCGGGUCGCUUGUUGAGCCGAUAUCUCAAUCGAACGCAGCGCCGCAAGCAAGGCGACUCGUCCUCCUCCAUCGAGCCCUUGUCAGAGGAGGGUGAACUACAAGAGCGCCCACAGCACACGUCCUUGAUUGGCACUCUGGGCUGGAUGGCUCCUGAAGUGCUCGAUGGAGGCCAGUACUCUUUUCCCGCCGAUGUGGCGGGCCAUGUGUGUGUGUGUGUGUGUGUGUGUGUGUGUGUGUGUGUGUGUGUGUGUGUGUGUGUGUGUGUGAUGGGCAAACUCAUGGUCGCCGUGCAUGUUUUCAGCUUUUCCGUGUUGGUGUGGGAAAUCGUCACGCGCAAGUAUCCCAUGUCACACUUGCGCUUUAUUCAUCAAAUGCGCGAGGCCUACGUUGAGGGCGAGCGCCCCGAAAUUCCUGCGAGCUGUCCAUCAGAGCUGCAACGUUUGAUGGAGCGGUGCUGGGCCACAGAUCCGGCGGCGCGACCGACCUUUCAGAUGCUCGAGUCGGAGUUUGCACGAGCCAGCAUUCGGCGUGGCUCUCGGCUCACGCACUCUAUGCGCCGACGGCUGAGCAGUGAAUCAUCGGCUGUUCUCGUGCUGGCCGGCCCGCCCGAAGAGGCAACUGCGUGA